CGGAUGUAUGAAUAGCGUGCACUUCAACGACAGGUUAUUAUAGAUCAUGGCGGACGAUACACGGGAGUCAACGAUGUCGACCUCCAUCCAGAAUGCUGGAGACCAGCCAAACAGCACCCCGGACCUUGAGUCCAAACCAAAGACAAAGUACGAGCUUCCCAAAUCCCAGGUCGGGAAACUAUGGGAAGCUUUUGGGAAUCCUGAAGACCCGGUGAAUAUGCUUCCCGGGGCAGCCGCUGCGAAGAAGAAUAAGGACAUCACGGUGACAGAGGCUAUGAAAUCAAUGUCCAUGAAAGAUGCGACUUCGUUUUACAAAGCUCCUUGUGCCCGCGACUCGUUGCUGCUGGGAAUUGGCGCCGGAUUCGGCGUCGGCGGGGUGAGGGGUGUUGUAGGAGGAUUUCGCUCGAUCUGGACUGCCUGUAACUGGGCAGUCGGUGCAUUUGCCAUUACGUCCCUUGCAGCACACGAAUUCUGCCAGCGCCGCCGAGUGCAGGAAUUAGACGGAAUGAAGCAAGCAGUGGAGAUGAUGAAGGAAUUGAAGCUCAAGCGCCAACGAGAGAAGGAUGACAGAGCUGCGGAGGCUGCACGACUGGAGGAGGAAGAAAGGAAACGAAAAAGUUGGACGAAUCUCGCAAACUAUAAGUUCUGGUAGAACUAUUGUACAUUGACUGGAGUCGUGGAGUUUGUUGGUUUCAAUUGUAUAUUAUGCCAAAGUGGAAUGUAAAGUACAGAUUCCUGGGGUUGAUGAAACGCCAGGCUUGUCCAAGUCAUUAUCUAGAAUUCUGCACCUAAAUCGAUCGAUACCUCCAAUUAACGCCGC